AUGAAGUGGCUUCGGGACCUAGUGAAGGUUGGGGGCAGCAUCUCCUCAAACUUCAGCUCCUAUCAGCUGCAGAAGAUCCUGGGCUCGGGAUGCUUCAGCACAGUCGCCCUCUGUACCAAAAACAACACCGACCAGAAGGUGGCGUUGAAGGUGGUUAAGCAUCCUGACCGUGAGGCUAAUUUCAUGAGAUACCUGAGUAAGUCUGGAUCUGCGUCCCACCACCUUGUGCAAUGGUUCUGCAGCUUCGACUUCAAUGCUCACUUUUGCCAUGAGUUCGAAGUGCUGGAUAUUGGUCUGGAUAAGUCCUCGACUCUGCCGCUCCACCACAUCCGGCCAAUUAUCACACAGAUGGCCGACGCUUUGACCUUUUUAAAGAGCCUCAAAAUAAUCCAUGGAGACCUGAAUCUGGAGAACAUGCUGGUGGAUCAUGUGAGGAAGCCCCUCCAGGUCAAACUCAUAGACUUCGGACAGGCUCGUCUCGCAAAACUCGCCACACAAGGCACUUGUUUCGGGGCACUUUGCUACAGUUUGGAGAGUCAGUUGUCUGUCUCCCCCUGCCUCUCAAAGCCUAGAGGCCAAAAGAGGAAGCGCGAGGAUGAAGACGAUGAGGAAGAUGUAGAGAAACGUCCUGAGAAACGUUACAGAGGCAAAGGUGUCCUCUAUGUGCUUUUGGAGAGUGACCGUAUUCAGUUGCCCUCCUCUCUCCCCGAGACUCCUGAGGUUUCUCGGCCUCGUGGACAAAAGAGGAAGCGAGAAGACGGGAAGGAGGAGAAGAACGUCCUGACAAACGUUACAGAAGAGCAGAUCUGGUUUGAUCAGGUCAAAAAGGAGGUGGACACAACAGCCUCAAGCUGCAAGGGCUCGUGA